AUGAGAAAGAGGGUUUGGAUAAACUCUGGUGACAUCAUUUUAGUAUCCCUGCGGGAUUAUCAAGACAGCAAGGCGGAUGUUAUUGCGAAAUACACACCUGACGAGGCAAGAAGCCUGAAAACGCACGGGGAAUUGCCCGAAACGGCCAAAAUCAACGAAACGGACAUUUUCGAUGACGACGCACAGAACGGAGUCGAAUUUUUGGACGAUGAAUCUGACGAGGAGGCCCAGGAAGAAGUGAACAACGCGAAAAAAUUGGAAAUAGAAGACGUAAGUGGAGGAAUUGACAGCAGAGGGGGGGAAGGGCACACCCCUUCCCACAUCCACGAUGAUGCACGUGUGCGCAUGUGCAUUCGUAUGUGUGUGUGCAUCUUUGUGUUUACGUAG